UCUUCAUUAGAGUUCAACAUGGCUCUGCUGUCCUUUCUGAAAGCAUUGAUGGCAGCUCUAUUCACGACCUUCUCCUUCCUGAAAGCAUUGAUCAACAAGAAGGAGCUCUAUGCGACGGGCCAAGCAGGGGACGGGCGAGAGAAAGCUAUGCUCGCCCAUGUCAUCAGAACCGCUGAAAAGGGCAAUCCUCUUUCUGUGUUAAAUGUAAUGGACGCCUAUGCAAAAACCUCUGGCUGGUUGAUGAACAUUGGCGACGACAAGGGACCCAUUUUAGAUCAGGCCCUUGAUAAAUAUAAUCCAAGGGUAGUUAUUGAGCUCGGUACAUUCUGCGGGUAUUCUGCUGUGAGGAUUGCUUCGCAGCUGCACAAGGAGGGCAGUAAGCUUAUCACUUUUGAGAUGAGCCCAGAUAACUACAAUAUCGCCAGACAAAUCAUAGAGCACGCAGGGCUGUCCUCCAAAGUGGUUUCCGUGCAAGGGAAAUUCAACGAGCGCCUUGACGUAGCCAAACAAUUUCUGAAGGAGAUGAAUACUAGUCAUUUUGAUUUCGUUUUCAUCGACCACUGGGUACACAGCUAUAUGCCAGAUUAUCUUCUACUUAAGGAGAAUGAGAUGUUGGGGAAGGGCACCGGAGUAAUUGCAGACAAUAUGGGCGCUUUCAUAGGACCUGCGGACUUUAGGAAAUAUGUGAAAACGCACCCGGAGGAACUUGAGACUGUUGAAUACAAGAGCAAUGCAGAGUACCUUUGGUGGUUCCCAGACAGCAUCACUGUUUCUACUUUUCAGCCAUCCACCAGGUUCUACUAAAAGCUGCAGUUAGAUUGCCUUCUACAUCUCAAAACUGCUUCUACUUUUAAGCUACCUACUAUAGUUUCUACUAAAAACUGCAGUUAGGCUGCCUUCUACAUCUCACAACUAUUUCUCACUUUCCCGAAUUUAUGAGGCUCCUUCUACAUAUCACAUAUGCUCUAUUUUCCUCCAUGUUUAGGAAAAGCUGUUAGUUCUGUUUCCAUGUUUCUGUUUUGAUGCCGGCAUGAAAUUCUCUAUAUAUAAGAGAAAUGAACUGUUACUUGUUCUAUGAAUAAAUUAAAUAAAUAAACCUGUUUCUAUCU